AGUCCAGUCCUGUCUGAAAGCUCGGACUCCAGAACCUCCUCUGACAAGUUUCCUUGCCUUCCUGUGAGAAUAGGCAGCCGCUGUCACAGAGGAGCCGGGGGAGUUCAGGAGAUCAGAGGCAAAGCAGCAGCUCCCUCUCUUCUGGGAAACCAGAUGACCCUCUUCAAAGCGAUAAUGUAAACAGCUAGCAACUGGUGGAGCUGUGGGAGUCUGAAGUAAAACUGGGAGAAUUCUUCUGCAAGAUAAGUUUAAAAAGCGACCGACGCUGUAAGUUUCAUCUUUUUUUUUUUUUUUUACCUUUUUACCUUGCAGCUGACUUUUGCUGAGGCGUACAUAAAAGCAAAUUAGUCAUGUAAGAUGGUGCAAUUUUUUUGUGAUCUGUGGGCUUAGGAGCUCUGGGAGUUUAUUUAUAACACAAUGAAAAAGAUAAAUGGCACUUUGUGGCUUAGAAGAGAGACAGCCCUUACAGCACAAUUUCUAUUUCUCAUGAAAGGAUCUCCUUAAAAUAUCAAGACAAAAUCGACAUGCUUUUGGAAAAUAUUAUACUGCCAGAAGGUGUUAUUGCAUCUUAUUAUUGUGUUUUCUAGUAGCUCUUCAUUGCUAAGCUAGACAGUCUACAGCUGCACUCUCAGCUCCAGCUGCAAGAGCUAAAAACAGCUGCUUUCAAUUAAUGUUCCCCCUUAGAAACAUUACCCUGAGCAAGCAUUUGUUGACUUUAGAUGUGAGGCUGGGGAAGCACAGGAUUUCAUAAUAUGUGCGCCUGCUGAUGUGAGUUAUAGACAGCCAUAAAACUGAAAAAGCAGGUCUUGACCCGAACCUUUUUACCCAUGCUGUGAAUCGUUUCUGUUCCAGUGUAGAUUUUAAUUUGGUUUUCAAUGGGUGAAUUUAACGCUGUAAAAGUUUUUACAAUUUCAUCAGUUUCUCGCCUGAUGAACUUAAUAAUAAAUGGAAAUCUUUUACAACAGUAAGUUUGGAUAGUUUUCAGUCAGCUCUGCAUGUACGAGUUCUUACAUGGCAGUCAGCGGUUUACAGCAGUACUAAAUUAAAAAUCACCACCUCAUUUUACAAAAGUGUCGGUUACAACGUGACAACAUACAUGGGAUCGGUUAGCCAGACCGCCACCGCAGCCCUGAGUUAGAGAGAACCACAUACUAACCACUAGAUCUCCAACAUGGAGGCCAUCCAAAAACAACCACACUGAGGACUACAUUCAGCUACUCCACUUAGGUAAACAAAUUUCUUUCCACUCCACUGCAGUGUGUGUAAGCCAGUGUUGUGUGUGUGUGUGUCAAAGCCGUUCAACACCCAAAUGCUGCGAAGGCACUGAUCCAACUGUAACAAUGUAAAUUGUCCCAGGUUCAAAGUGUGCUCUGUUGUUGCCACCCACCCCGCUGUGGGAGGGUAACAGGACCAAAUUUAGCAAGUCGCUGAGUGAUAUAUUCUGUGUGAAGUUAUCAAAACAAUGGCAUUGUUUUGAAGCAGAAAUAAAAACUCUGUCGCUAGUUCUCUGCUCCUCUCUUCAACCUUUUCUCCAGCAGGUUGAUUUUGUAAGCCUUUGUGUGCAAAACUGGCUUCAUACAAAUGUGUGUUUUAAGAUACAGUACUCCUGGAAAACCACAGCAGGGAAGCUCUUGCUCCAUGUCAAGGAAAUGCAGCUACAUUCCUGCAGUUAUCUUUAACUCUGUUGAAAAUGACAGAAGUUACUACUUUUUCCUUUUCAGUGCGAGUUCAGAUACCUGGACUCGGUACUGAGAAUCCCUAAAAAUGUACAUACAAACAUGCAUAUCAGAAGUGAAUAAUACUAUAUUCCUACAUUGCUGCUAGCUCUUGUACUACUCGAGACCUUGUACUACCCGUCGAGAGAUGAAUGUUGUCGACUGCUUGCUUCUCUAGUUAUACCAACUUUAGUAACGACCGCACAAUAGCAAUACAGAGAGACACGCACUCAACCAAAAAGCCACUCUAUAGCCACAAAUAAUGCUCAGAACAGCACCUAACUUCAUCAACACAUACAUAUAGGCUCCUACCCACAGCACUAGCCACCAAACAUCUUUUUAACUUUGCUUGAUUUCUUUCGCAAAGAGACUAAACACAACUCACCAUCUCUCUUCCAGCAGCCGCUUGUUUGUACGAAGACCUCCGGGCAAGUUCAUCGACUGCAGCGGGGGGAUGCAGUUCAGGGAAGAACAUUUAGGAUCAUUACUUCAUGGUAAUGCAAUCAGACAGAGACGCUAAGGCAGAAGAACUACAGUCUGCAGUGCAAAAUAAUAGAUAUGGUGAUUAUUACUUCAAGGAAAUGAUAAAGUUAUCAUUUUGCACUGCAGACGCAGUAGUUCUUCUGCUUUAGCAUCUCUGUCUGAUUGCAUUUCCAUGAAGUAAUGAUCAUAAAUGUUCUUCCCUAAAGUGCAUUCCUCCGCUGCAGUUGUGAUGGACUCACCCGGAGGUCACCUUACAAAAAAGCGGCUGCUGGAAGAGAGAUGGUGAGUUGUGUUUAGUCUCUUUGCUAAAGAAAUUAGGCAAAGCUAAAAAGAUGUUUGGUGGCUAGUACUAUGACUAGGACCCUAUAUGUACUGUUGAUGAAGUUAGGUGCUGUUCUGAGCAUUAUUUGUGGUUAUAGAGUGGCUGUUUGGUUGAGUGCAUGGCUCUCUGUAUUGCUAUCAUCCGGUCGUUACUAAAGUUGGUUUAACCAGAGAAGCAAGUGGUUGGCAACAUUCAUCUCACGAUGGGGUUUCUAACUCGGUGUUACAGUGUGUUUGACCCUAAAUUAAUUUUAUGCCAGAAUAUGCCUUUAACUACAAUUCUCACCGACACUAAAUACUUUAUUUUUGGGAUAACAGGAGGCGAAACUGUUUCAUUCAAGAGCUGGAUAUUGAGGGCACUUAUAUAUGCCAAGACCAAUCAGAACUUUUGAUUUCUGUUUCUUUAGGCUGUAGAUGUCAUGUCACAACUUUUUUAUCAUCGUUUCUUUUUUACUUGUCUAUGUUGAUUAUCACACCAAACACAUGCAAUAUAAUAGGAAAUGUGCAGCUAAUGAUGUUUGUGGUCAUGGGUAUGUGCCUCAUAAUUGUUGAUUGUUUGUUUGUAAUGUUAUUUAUUUCUGUGGGGGAAGAAAUUGUGUCUCUACAGAGGGAAUAGUUUCAUAUUAAUUCAUUUAUGCAUGUCAUGAUCGCUGGAGAAUCACAGAGAUUACUCAAGAAAAGUCUGUGUAUACUUCGAAUGAGUUUCAAAUUUAGUCAAAAGGCUUUGUGAGUCAUAAUGACAUUCAGCUGUUUGAGGGCAGAUAAUGUGUGUUGGGACAGUGCUGGGACAAUUAGUGUUGAAAUUAUUCACAACUAUUAACAUUUUUUAAUUUUUGGACAGGGAAAAGGAAGGUUAAGUUGCAUUCAAAGCCAAAAGUUGAUGAUAGAAAAAAAAAAAACAAGAGUAUACUUUUCAUGAAUGCUUACAAGGGGACAGGCUGGCAAAACUCUAUAGGAGGUGGUGAUCAAUAUUUCAAAGACGUCUAGAGUUGAGGGAGAAACAAUUUUCAAUCCUGUAGGUCAUUAAUGCAGAAUAGCUUUGGCUAAUGAGGGGAUACAUUGGCCCUUUAACUUGUGCUCUGACACAGAAUAACAAUCAGUAAAAAAGAAAAUAACCAAAGUUGUACUUUCCUGCUGGAUAAAUUCUCUUUUUGUGUUUCCUUCAAGUGCCUAGCUUCUGUUUCUUAUAAAUCCGUUGUGCAGAUAACACCCUCUUGUUUGUAAAAGUGGACGCUAUCUGGCAAACGUACACUCUUCUCCAAUAAUUCAGCCUCAGACAAGAGACAGCACAAGUACCGGUUACCAUGGUAACAGUGUUGGUGAAGAAGAUGUGAGACAAAGUUGUUUUAUUUUUUACCCCAACUGAUGAAUCAUGAUCAAAUGUACAUCUGUUGCUCUGAAUGUUAGCUGUGAUUUCUGGUCCCAAUACAUCCUAAAGAUGAUUUUUGCCUGCGGAGUUUUCACUCUUUCUGCAUUAUCCCACAUAACAAAAAGAGAGUGAAAGCAGGUUGUAGCAGGUAUUAUUCUAGUUCUGCAGCAUGUGGGUGACAUCUGUGGUACCUAAGGGUACAGGCAGCUUGAAUAGAAAUCUCUGCAGGUUACAGAGAAACAGUAUCUGUCAAUUUAAUUUGAUGUAACUGGAUAGAUAUUUUAAUAGCCAGUGAACCAACACUUCAUCAGUGGAUGUCUGGUUUGGUCCAGUGACUGAACAACACCAUAAAAUAUUCAUAGGGGACAAUUAGUCAUGGAAAUAAUAAAAUGCUUAAAAGUUAGUCAGCCUGUUAGUCAUCCUGUUGUCUUUAUUUGUAUGAGCUGAAAAGAAGGGAAUUUAACUUAAAGUUUGAAAAACUAAAUUCUUCACUUUGAAAACAGUUUUAUAACAUUUUCUAGAGGUUAUAAGGAUGUUUUGUCAUGUUUGAGAAAUAACUCAACAGAAAUCACUGCAAUGUUACUGUGGUUGUUUAAGCUCAGUUUGGAGAAAAAAAUACUGAAUCUAUGAUGAUGGUGUCUAGACUUUCGGGGUUUGCUUUCAAUCGUGAGGGAUAGUAAAAAAAAUCCAUCAAACAGCAUUACAGGUGUGGAAGAAACCAUCACUUUUGGAACCAUGCUUGGAAUUUAAAGUUUAGUAGUCUGGCCCAAGGGUAGUUCAUUUCAUGUUUUAGUAUGAAUUUCAAAAGCCUCUAAGCUUUAGAGUUCUGAAGAGUAAUGAUAAAUCUUUGCAGUAUAUCCAAUGAUGGAGUUUAUUUUUGAUAUACAUUUAGUUCAGAGUCAUUUUAAGAUACAUCAUUAAUCUUUUAAGCAUUCUGCUUUCCACUGAUGAAUAGUCUUAGACUUUUAGAUUUACCAUUUAUAUGUAAUAUACACCCACCUUUGUGAUAAUGCAAUAAUUAAUAGUUGUCAGCCACAGAUUGAGACCUCAGUGACCUCUCCAGUACUUAGGAUAUAGAUUAUACCAUCAAUAUUUCAAAGAACAAACAGUCUACAGCUUAUUGUAGAAAGAUUUACAGAUAUGUAGAAUUACAGGACUGCAGUGGAGUCACAUCGUGGGUAAUGACAGACAAGGAUCUCUGGAGUAACACUCCCAUAGACUAUGAUUCUGAAUAUAGUAACUCAUGGUUUGCCUUGUUUGUACCAAUAUCCAAGAACCACUGAGUCCAUGUUGGACUUUCUUCAGGUGGCUGUAUGAAGUAACUUAAUGGUUUUUACGACAGUUCAGGUCUCCUUUGCAACCAAUCACAGCUUCAGUGUGUCAUUGUCGGACAAACCAUGACCAAACGAGCUUUGUGUGAGUGUUGCACAAUGUCUGCAACACAUGGUGAACAUUAUGACAUUGUUGCAGCUUGGUAUGGUUCAGGCCACAGAUCAAGCUGGCAAUGUUUAGGAAAAGACAAUGGCAUACACCGUACUCCUAGUGACUGCAAAAAUACAAGCAUAUGGGAAAAAAAACCUUGUAUAAAAAAACAUCCAUACAUGUGCUAAAAAAGGAGCAUUUCUGGACAAGAAUAUCUCGAUUUAUUGUGAGCAAACAUUAAAAAAGUGCUGACUACAGCACAGCUUAAAGUCAUCGACCAAUUUAUGUGUUUACAUCUUGAGAGAGUGUACCUGCACAGUUAAAGGAAAAAGCGGAGGAUUUCUAGACAGUCCAUAGACUCGUAAUGGUGGGAUUUUUGGAGAACUAGUCAGAUAAGUUAUCUAGCAGGCUUUCUUCUCGUCCUAAUAGAUCAUCAUGUUUCAUAAUGUCUUAUUCUUCUUUCAGCUAAGAUGGCACAUCUUUAGUUUCUACCAUAAUUUUCCAUUGGUUAAUCCUCCAGACUGUAAAUACUUAUCUUCAUUUAGAGUUUUUUCUUAGUGAGAAGACAAUGGUGUGCUUUUAUCCGUAGACAUCGAUACUCUCAGCAUCAAUCUGUAUGAAUGAAACGUGAACUAAUAACGCCUGACACUUGGUCAAUCCUUUCAAGAUAGAGUGCCCUUACUGAAAAGUUCAAAUAGUCAGCGAGAAUGCUGGGGCUAGUGGGUGGGAGGAUAUUGUGUAUGUGUGUGAGUGUUUGUGUGUGGUUUUGGUGGGAAAUUUGCCAGAAACGGGGAGGCAGGGUUUCAGGGUUUGAGGGGUCACACAGCUCCGCAGUGAGAAAGCUCUGCUUUUCAUUACAUCAACCCCAUAUGUCUACAUCUACGCUCCACCUCCCAGACUCCACUCUGUUUCCUGGAAUUGUUAUAUCAGUCAGUGAUCCGAUCCUUCUUUCUCCUGCUCCCAAAAUCAAGAUACUAAUGUGAGCUGUGUCUGAUUAAAGAUGUAAUAACUCUUUAGGCAGGCAGGAGCAGUCUGCUGAGCUAAUUCCACUGCUGCAUUCUCUCAGUUCAGCAUGUAUCUUAAUACUGCUGCAAAACUCUCUGGAGAGACUUAACAGCAAGGCAGAAAAGAGUUGAGAGGUGGCGGGAAAAUAGAGGAGGAAUCCCCGCACUGUUAGCAGGACAAAUCUGCACAGCUUUGUGUUUUCUUUUAUCUUGAUCUGAUUUCACGUAUACAACAAGAGAGUCAAUUUAAUCCACUCAAAGAGGAGCAGUGUGUGCUUCCUUAAACCACCUAGAGUAGGGCUCCAUUGAGUCAUGCUUUCAUCUCUGUAUUAUCAUUAGAUGAACUUGUACUCUGUCGUGUAAUCCAAACAAGUAAAACCAGCACAUUCAGACUUUGGUAACACUUUACAAUAAACAGAAUUUAUAAACGGUAAAUAGAUAGUUUAUUAAUGUUAAAUCAUCAUUUAAAAAACAGCAUAUAGACCGUAUCGACAGUAAGAAUCAUAGGCCUACUUAAUUUUAUGUUUACAAUAAUAUAUAUUGGAUCAUACAGAAGGCAUCACUGAUACAUGCAAAAAAUAAUAUAUAUUUAUAUAUAUUUUGAUUGCUCUUGGGGGCCCCCUACUGGUUGUGGGGCCCUAAGCAGAGGCUUAGUUCGCUUAUGCCUUGGGGCCGGCUCUGGGUUAGGGUUACGUUUUUAAAAGUGUAAAAUUUACAAUUUAUUAAUGGUAUGUAUGCUAUUUAUAAAUGAUGAUUAAACAUUAAUAAACUAUCUUCUUACCAUUUAUAAAUUGUCUUUUUACCAUUUAUAGGUUAUGGUUAUUGUAAAGUGUUACCAAAGCUUAAAGGAUGUGGGAUUCUGUUCUCUGUUACUAAAGGUUUGAGAAAAUUGUCUGUAAUCUUGAGAGAGCAUUUGUGUUUCACUCUUGCCUGUGUGCAGACAUCCUGUAUUUUGUAAACCUUCUUCAGUAGGUGGCACUCACUUUUUGAUGGCAGCACUUCUCCUGGCUUUGAAGUCCUCUGUUUGGAUAUAGCUGGGCCAUAUAGCUUUGAUGUAAAACAUCCACUGAGGAGCUGUGGGAACAUGGGACCCUCGGUUAUUUAUGGCACAGAGUGGCAGGAGUAAAUGACUCACAUAUACAGAGGUACAGGGAAGAAGAUCAAUCAAGAAAAAAUCACAGAAAUGGCUUCAAAGUCCUACGAGGAACUUUUGCAACACUUAAAAAGUUCCUUCUUGUGUAUCAGGAGUGUGGUACUGUUAAAAUGAGGGGUGCUACUUUACGAGCUCCCAAAAGGAGAGCCUAAAAAAAGCUGAGCAGAUCCUGAGUGGCCAUUCCUUUGUCCCGCUGCAUGCAUACGGCCUAGUGGGUGGAUGAGUGAAGUCACAUGGUCACUUUUCCUUUUUCCCACACAAACACACCCACAUCCUCCUCCAUGCUGCCUCUCUUCACUCUUCUUCAACUCACUACUUACUCGCAGCGGGCAGCCUGCUCCGUCUGGAUACUGUAGCAGCAUCAAGUUGCGCCCUGUGAGCUUUUUCUUUCCCUUACAAAAUGUUUUCAGAGCAGGAAUAACAUCCGCCUGGGUUUGCUUAUACUCUACGUUUCUGCAGGCUGUUUCGGGGAAAAGUCGACAGCUAAUCGUCUGGGGGGAGUUAGUUGACGAACUGGACACUUUGUUUCAGGUAAAUUUCAACUUGCAGUAACAGUAUUGUUUUUCUUCCCGUGGGAUUGUGUGUUUGCUUUGUGUUAGUUUGGAGGAGUUGGAGUGUGUAGCUUCGAUGUGCCUCCUUCUGCCUUUCUCUGCGUGGUAAUAAUGGUUUCAAGUUGUAAUUCGAUGCCAUUUUUUUCAAGCAGUUCUCUAGAUAACAGGCUGGAUAUAAAAUGGAGGUAAAAGCGUAAUCUUAGUUUGGUUGAAUCAGAGAAUUUCAUUUCCCGGUUAAAUGUUUAGUAGACCCAGUACUGUGUCCUGUUGUUCCCCACCACCCCCACGUUCAGGUAACACGGCCGUUCAAAGGUGCGAGCUCCUAUUCAAAUGAGCUCAUUUGCAUGUGGAUAACCUUUGUUUACUGUUGACAAAGUUUUGUGGCUUCCGGCUGUUGUCACACUUUAUUAGUCUGUCUCCAAUUCAGUGUGGAAAAGAAAGACAGAGUGAACUCUAAAUACUCCCCAAGUGACAGAAAAUGCCAUUAAAAUGAGAGAUGUUGGGAUUGUGAACUCAGAGUAUAUUUAUUGUUAAUAAAUUGUAUUUACUUAUAUUAGGGCUGGGCGAUAAACUGAUAUAUAUCGACAAUUAAUCUCCCUCAAUGUCAAUAUAAAACAUGGUCAAUAUCCUAUUUGGUAACUGGCAUUCUGCCAUGUUUUGGUCAUAGUCUUUGUCUAUGGUUUUGCUAGACUAUAAGAAUAGCCAAUGAAAAGGGGAGUUGCUCUGGCUUCGCUUCAAACCAAUCAUGAGCUGAAUUAGAACCAAGUGGCAAACAACUGCAUAUUAGCAGACUACAUGCAACCAUAGCAUGUGAAGCCGACAGCACUGUAGGUGAGAAAGAAAGAAAAUUAGUGCUACCCCCAGCAGACAGGCAGGUGAAGGCUCAACAGAUGAUGACAUCGUCGACAACGCUGGUAUGAAAACGUCGGUUGGGUAGAGGUAUUUUGUUUUUUUAAAGUCAGACAUGAAGCACAGCAAUGUGCACUGUAAAUUAUGUUGAGUACAUGUUCUCGCAAAGUCGGGGAAUACCUCAAAUCUUUUUCACCACCUGAAGAAGUGCCACGCACCGGAGCACGCAAAAUGCAAAAGGUUACAAACCCCGAGCAGAGCAAGGAGCCCAUGGCGCCUGUGCAGCCGAAACAGCCGACCAUUCAGUCCGCUUUCUCUAGCGCAACACCUUCAGACAAAACGCUGAAGAUACACAAAGACCUCACAGAUGCAGUAGCUUAUUGUAUUGUAAAAGACAUGCUACAAAUAAGCACUGUUAAAUUUCAUUUUUUAUAUUGUGAUAUCGACUGAUAUGCAAAAAAUGUAUUAGGAUCAUUUUUUCCCAUAUCACCCAGCCCUAACUUAUAUAGAAAUGUCUCCAUUAUGAUGGCAGUAGCUGUGACUAACUCAGCCUUUUUGCACACAACACUGUAUUUACAAUGCAGCAUCAAUCAUAUAACAAUGUUCUCCUCACUCCAUCCCCCUAAUUACAUGAGUCACCAUUGCACCCCAGCACUGUCUUUUCUGUUAAAACAACACCCGUUGCCUUGACAGCCUGAAUUCAAAAUGAGCCUUGAUGUUUUAUCCUCUCUUUACAGAUUCCACAGGGUGUGUGGGAGGCUGUGCAGUGACAACAUGAGUCUGGUGGACGUGAGACAGACAGUAGGGUCUCUAACCCUGUCCCUGUCCAGCAACGACUCCAAAGAGCGCUACUUUGACCGCGUGGACGAGAGUGACCCGGAGUAUCUCCGUAGUAGGAACAUGUCGCCUGACCUGAGGCAGGACUUCAACAUGAUGGAGCAGAAGAAGAGGGUCACCCAGAUCCUGCAGAGUCCGGUAGGUUGCCCGCAGCUCUGCAUAAGUACACUCCUACACGCAAGCUUUCAGAGUGUAUGAGUAAUAAAAAGAACCACAGAGGAAUACUUUACCUCCACUCAAGACUGACUGAAAUGCAUGUUUUAUUCUUGUUUACAUGUAGGAGGUCAUUCCAUGCACACUACUUUACUCAAGAUAUAGGGUUUUCUAUAUGAGCUUAUCUUCUACUUUUUCACUUGUGAAGAGUUUUCUGUUUGUAGCUGAAACUAUAUUGAAAUUUACUAGAAACACUGAUAAACACCUCUAAGUAUGUUUUGUAUGUAGCAGUUUUCUCCUCUUAGUGGCCUCAACAGCAUUAUCACAGUCAAAAUCUUCUAUGAGGAGUUUUUGCUGGUUUCAAAACAGACUGAGAUGAAUAUUGAUGCUUCCAAAUUAUCCACAAAAGCAAACAAGACCAUCAGGAAGUCGAUAGACCACUUCUGUAAACUUCUUUUCGUGACUUUAGACGCUGGCACUGAGUCGGCGUCCAACAAAAUGAUUAGAGGCACACUGCUAAAAUGGAAUCUGUUCACAUUUCCUAACUGCAACAGAAAAUGUUAUGUUUAGACUGUUGAAACUAAGAAAGAGAAAGUUGAAGAGAUUAUUUUCUGAGGUACUAGUGGACAAAUGAACAAUUUAUAAAUGAUCACAAAUAUACUAACCAAGGUAAAAACACUGGAAGGUAUCCUAUCUCUUCUGUGUAGAAAUGUAGAAUCUGCACUCAGUAGUAUCUGGGUUUUGUCUGUUACAAGUUUGUAGUCUAAGUAGUAUCGACCUGUUGCAUAUCAGCAGGCAUUGGCGUUUGCAGGAAAAACAGCCUACACGAAAAGGCAAUCCAAUCAGCUGUAAUGAUACCCCUCCAGCGGUAAUCUGGCAUUGAUGUAUUCAUCCCUAUAAACAUAAGUCUUAAAAGUGAAUUUUGCAGCUAAUAGAUCAAAAACCUCAACUUGGGUGGCAAAUCUGGUUGAUGCUGUGUCGUGAAAGAAAAAGCAGCAUUAAGAUUUCCUGACUUGCUGAAAUCCAUCAGGGAAAAUCCAUCUAAAACACUGUUAUUUACUUGUUUUAAUAUAUUUGUGCUUUUAGCUUUAUUUGAUGGGACAGCUCAAGACAGAGAAAGGAAAAUAUUGAAGAGUGAUAGGGACCGGUUUGGGUCUGAACCUGAAACCAGUUCAACAAAAACAGCAGCCUUUGUACAUGGGGUUAAAGAUUAAAAAGUGAUUUUAAUACUUUAGUGUUAGGCACUCUCUGCUUCUUCUGGCAUUGAUAAUUGUUGUUCCCUGUUAUUGGCAUGACUUCAUAGUGAUAAUAUUGUCAAAACAUCAAAUAAUUGUAUUACAAUGAAAGCAAUAGUCUACAAGUUUUUAAUGCUAUAAUCAGAUUAUGUGUGUCUUGCACAAUAAUACCACAUUUUUGCUAAGGGAACUUGCAUUGCAUGUUUCCCAGAUAUUCCAUACCCUUGGGGAUAACACAUAAGAAGUAUAUUAGGUGGUUAGUAUCAUUCCUGUAUGAUAUAAACCAAAUGGAUGAUAAACAGGGCAGCGCGGUCUGGUAUAAUGAGAAGUAUAAGGUGGUGCGAUAAACACAUAAUGCCAAUGGAGAGCAUGGAAAUAAGUCGAGCCCACACUCAUCUGUGAUUGCAUAACAGGCCAAACAAGUGGAGCUCAUAGCAUCACCAUGGGAACGGUGGUCGGAUGAAGCAGAAUGCUGGAGCUUAGCUUCAGCACACAGAAAAAGUGCUGUUUCAAGAUUCACAGGCUGCCCUUGAAGGCAAAAAUUGAUAGUCAGGUUUAAUGCAAACCCCCUGCCUCUCGUGAACCCCCCUUCCCACAGGCGUACAAAGAAGUUUUAAGAGGUCUUUUGUGAUCUGUGUACAGUCCCAAUAAGAAAAAGCGUACUGACUGUGCUCCCUGAGACUUCCAGAGUAUGUGCUGGAAUGAGGUAAAGAUUAGGUUGGGUAUAAAAGAGUUGCUCGGUUAAUGAGGUUUAAUGAUGGUGUUUGUAUUCCCUCUGCUUGUCCUUACUUAGUUCUCAUUCCACAGUACCCUUUUUAAAGAGGAUUGUUUUUGUCUGCAGGUGUUUAAAGAUGAGCUGGAAGGACUGAUUCAGGAUCAGCUGACAAAGGGCAACACUCCCACAGGUCUCUUGGCUCUGAGACAGAUCGCUGACCUGGUCAUGGCCAGCACUGUGGGUGGGGCAGGACCCUUGACAUCUCCUAUCAGUGAGUGUCUGUGUGCUUCAUUGUUAUUGUGUGUGAAUGUUUCUAUCUAUCUGGUUUUCAGACCUGAUGGUCGUUCAGUGUGUAUCCCCUCCCAUUACAGGCUGAAUAUCUUCAUUGUCACAGGCUGAUUUCUCAGACUCUUGUGACAGUGGACGACCAUGAAACUGCUGUUGACAGCAGUCUUUAUCAACAGUGUUUCGAUUAAGCAGCCCCCAUGAUCAGUCCUGGUAAUGAAUCGGAGCAGUUUGUAAUACUAAUUAUGUUAGCGUAAUCGCUUUGCCUCGUGUUUCUGGGAAGGUCAUGGAGCAUCCUUGAACCGAAAAGAUUCAAUUUUUAGAAGUUUGACCGUGAAAACCGCUUAAACGAAAUGGCUCCAGAGUUGCAGGGGGAGACUUGUUCUUUUACAAAGCUUAAGUGGCCUUAAAAGAUGGGGUCUUGUGUUUUUGAAUGCCCUUAUAUGGUGACAGCCAAAAAUACCCCUCGGUUUCUUCAUGGGAAUUUGAAGAAACCUUUUUAAACUCCAGCUGUGGAGAUUCAAAUCCCCGAGGACAAUUUUGAUGUUGUUGCUGCAUUACAAGCUACUGAUGAUGUUAUGUCUUGUGACAGGCAUUGGGAUGGUUACUCCAGUCAACGACUUGUAUGGCAUCGAGUCGCCUUCCUUCGCAAAAGGAGAGAAACAGAGUCGCUGCAAGCUGGCCAGCCUCUACAGGCUUGUUGACCUCUUCAGCUGGGCUCGUUUUACAAGCUCCUACAUUACUGUGAGUACAACUUCACCAUCUCGCUCCAGUGCACAUCUGCUUAUGUAUGCCGCCCAAGGUUUGUGUAUCCUUGUGUUCCCAUGGAUGGCUUAAAGGGGAGUACUGCUUCAUUUUCAGAGGCUGUUUAUAUUAUUUAUGGCAUUGGAAAGUAAGAUUUGUGAAUAUGAACAACUCCCCAACAGCAGGCAUCCACACUGAAGUAUGUGAUGAACACCUGCGAUGUCAAGAUGUAAAACCGAGAUUUUCCCCAAAGACAAAGUAUAAAAAGUUGGUUUUAUCAACCUUCACACUGAUUCUGGAGUUUUUUUUUUUCGAAUGAAGACAUCUCUCCUCUGUGGUUUAAAGUUUUCUCUACCCUUGGAACUUGUGAAAAUGAGUCUCCUUGCUCUGAGUGGCUGCUAACCCAGCUGAAAGAACUUUUGUGGGAGUGGAAAGAUUUGCUCUCCUGUGGAGUCAAUGCCUUUAAACAGACUUUUUGACCCUGACAAGUAUAUACUUAUGGGAAAUCACUCCUGCAAGGGCAUCAUUAGGGUCAGAGAUGCUGGUUCAUCUCAAACCUAGGAUCUGCUGUAAGAGCUCAAACACGCAACAAAUUAUCUGAAUGAUUGCAUAAUGUUAUGUUUAUUGUGUCCAGGUGCGAGUCAAUAAAGAGCAGGAUCAUGUUCUCAUUGGACCGCGAGGUCUCUCUUUUGCUGAAGUGACUGCAGCAAACUUGGUAAGAACUAUAUUUGUGUGUGUUUGCUUUCUUGAAUCGUGAGCAUUGACGACAUUUUGAUUACAUCUCGUUGCAGAAAAACGCAUUACCCUCUAUGUAUGAUAACAACAGUGCUGCCACUCACACCUGACGUCUUGCAUUCUGUACAAAUCAUUGCUGAUAUGAUUUAGACUAACUUAAAUUCACAUGAAAAAUCCCCGGUAACAAAUGUUAUGUUGAUCUAAAACAGAAGUGUGUGUGGAUCAGUGACAAUUCAGGUCUGUGUUCUUCAGCAUUUUAUACAGGAUCCUGGGUUUCUCUGUUGGCAGUAUUAGAACAAGUUUAUCAUAAAUACACUGCACAUAUACCUCAAGCAAAUAUUUGACUGGCUAUUGCCUUUAAGCAAACUAUAUCAUCUUAUAUCCUACAGCUAUGUCUUGUGUAAAAUUUAAUCCCUUUUUAGCCUCAAAUAUACUCAGUGGAAUUUUCAACUUUUAGUACCUAUCUUAUGUGCAGCAUGUUUUCCAUGUGUGUAUUUCAGAUUUAUUGUCAUGACAUGCAUGUGUAAUAAGAGUUAUAUCCACACACACACGGGCAUGUUUAUGACAGAAUACAGAUUUCACAGCUAAAAGAAACAGCAGUAGUGAGCUGGUGAAACAAACAAUGCAACUUUUAAAAGUAUCUAUAAAACAACCAGUUGUGAAAAUGUUUCGCAGGGUUUCACUUUGUGUAUCCCUGAGGCCUUUUACCUCUAAGGCAAACACACUGUUUGAAUUUUGCAAGGAAUUAAGUUAAGUAAACAAGACAUUGUUUAUGCAUAAUAAAAGUUAAAGGAUCUCACAAUGGUAUAAUCCUAAAAGUUCAUAAUUUGCUCAUUCCUGUUCUCUGUUCUAUGUAGGUAAAAGUAAACAUUGUUGGUGAGGUGGUGGACCAGGGAUCUACUGAUCUGGGUAUCGACCACUUUGGAUUUGCUUCUCAUGCUGCCAUUUACUCAAUGCGUCCCGAUGUGAGAUGCAUCAUCCACAUACACACCCCUGCGACAGCUGCUGUAAGUACACUCUGGACCGAUGUGAAAUGAGCCGUAUCUAAAUCAAAAGAUAAAGGCUGCUGCUAAACUCUCAUUCACAUCAGAGGGAAAGAGGAGAAUUAAAAGCGGCCCCCCCCUGCAAGCCUCGUUAAUUUUGAUGCAGACACUCUGUGAUGGACUGUACCAUUUCCUUUGAAGCCAAGCUGUAAAAUGCACAGCAUGUGAUGAAUGUUGCUGUGUUAACUUUUAUUGGUGCCCGACAGCAGAAAUGUGCCUUUUUUUUUUUAGAUGUUGAUGUGUCAAAGUCUUACUUGUUUCCAUCCCAUGUUAACAGGUGUCCUCCAUGAAAUGUGGAAUCCUGCCCAUUUCCCAGGAGGCUUUGCUUCUGGGAGAUGUGAGCAGCUUUGGUUACCAUGGCAGCCUGGAUAAUAAAGAGGAGAAGGUGGAGUUUCAGAAAGCUCUGGGCCCUACUGCCAAGGUACUGUCAAACCGAGGGACUCCAUUAAUGAUAGGCUCACUUUCUCAAGGGAUAGAGUGGUUAGAAAAAAGCGGUUAGAAAGACGGAACUUUGUUAUGAUGAUAUGAACAACAAGCAACCAACAUGGGAUUAUUCCUGCAUGUUGAGUUCAGUUGAAUAAGUUUUAAACCAGCAAUAAUAAACAGAAGUGAGUUAUGUCGAACUUUGGUCAUUGCUCUUAUCCUAUCCAGUCUAAAGCUACAUAAUAACUUAGAAUUAAACUGUCUUACUGCAACCACUGACAUGUAUAUAGAUAACAAAUUACGAGAGAUCCUUGUGUGAAGCCAAAAGGGAAGUUCUAUAAAAACUGCAAAAACUCAGUGUCCACUUGAGGCUGACCUCCCUCGACUCCAACAUCGCUGCCUCUUGCAGAAACACUAGGUCAACCCAAACAUAGGUCGAGCCAUCAUUUCAAGUACGAGCACACUGCUGUCGUCGGGCUUCAAAACUCCACUUCAGAAAGGAAAGCAUGAUGUCACUGAGACUGUACAUGUUUUAUAGAGUCUAUUAAUACAACAUCUAGCCGCUUCUGUGCCAAGCUCAGCUGAGUAUAGGUUUUCUUGUUAUUGGACAAAAAUAACAUCGUCACUCAUCUUCUCAUCCUCCACCAGAAGGAAAUGAGAUUAUUACAUUGGAAGUUUGAAAAAAAAAUUCCAUCUGCUGCCCAAAAUAAUUUUGUAAAAAUUGGCACCCAACGCUGCCAACACUCUGAAUGUAACUCAUAAUUCCCAUAUUUUCAGUUAGUGAGACAGUCCUGUUUUUAAAUUCAGUAAUUAUAUAGAGAAAGUGAUCUGAAUUGCAUAUAUCAUAGUACAUUUUACUCCAUGGUAGAUUUUUGCUUAAUGAUGCAGAUGUGGUAUUGUCAUCUAAAUUGUCCAGAGACAGACUGAUUAACAGACAGUGUUUUGUGAUAACCCCCUGCAUCACAUCUGCAUGGGCCCUUAAUAGGCAGAUAUCACAAAGAUCUUUUAAACACCCGUUAUUCUAAUCCCCAAUGACAGAAUAUCAAAUGAAAUACAGUCACCAGCUGGUGGUAAGUGUAAAUUUGGUAAUGAUAUAUGGAAAAAAACCCAGGCUUGAGGCAGGUGGUCUCUCUAAACUUGUUUCAAAGCAGGUUGAAAUCAGGCUGUAAAUACUUCAAAAGAUGACUUUCUGUUUUUUCAUUAGGAAAAUGUUGAUAUGUAGUAUUUCAAUUAUUAUGCAAUUUAAUGUAACUUGUGGGAACUUUCUGCUGCAAUUCUUGGCCAAAACAGAUUUUUUCUCUCAAUUAUUCUUUCCUGGUUUGAUCAAAUUGAAUAAAUUACAGUUGGUACCAGCUAUGCUCUGCAACAUAAAGUAUAUCCCAAUGUAUUACCCUUAUUAACCAGUUCUUUAAAAAUUAAUCUAUAUGUUACUGCCUAAGGUAUUCACAUAUAUUACAUUUUAAUGUGCUUGGAAUAAUUGACGUUAUUAUUGUAUAUAUAUAUAUAUAUAUAUUUAUUUAUUUUUAUUAUUUUAACCACUGUAUUUAAUUAUCUAACUCCAUCUGACUCAAGCUCAGCACUUUUUUUCUGUGCAAAAAUGAAAAUAAAAUGUUGAGAUGAUAUCAGUAUUAUUAUAUUUUAGCUAUCUAUAUCAACCAACCCCCCUUUCUCAUUAUUUGAAUUUGAAACUGCCAUAAAAAAAACAUAAUUGGUCGACUAUUAGCACUGUCUGUUAUGUGUUGAUAAAGGGAUAUUCACUAUUCAAAUGCACACUUUAAUUCAUGCAAAUUUGCAUGUCUUUGUAUCCUAAUGUAUAGACGAAGCUGAAUGUGUAUUAUAGUGUUAAUGGUGGGUAAGUGAAUUAUUCCUUGUUUUUUUUUUCAGGUGAUGAUUCUUAGAAACCACGGGCUGCUGGCGCUGGGAGAAACAGUCGAAGAGGCUUUUCACUAUGUUUACCACUCACAGCAAGCGUGUGAAAUACAGGUAAAAAGCUUGAUCUCUGGUCUUCAAACUAUAAUGUCAUAGUCAAACAUAAUUAUACCAUUCAUCUCUGAGCUUUUUGAAAACUUGGAUUCGGCCUUGAGUUACUUUGCUGACUGCAUGUGUUGAAAUUAUUUCAUGGUUUUUAUCGUUUCACCUGUCAAAAUGUUUUCACUCCUUCUGUAAAGGAGCCAGCCACUUGGUUGGGAAUAACAAAAUAUUACAGCAGUGCCUGAAAUAGGAGAAAAGCUGGUGUGGAACGUACAGUAUGUUUGAACAAAGCUUAGUCAAAUAUGUGCUGGAGAGCAUAGCUCACAGUUAGAGCCAGGUGGAACCCUGCAGUGUUCCUGAGACACCUGUUGUUUUGUGUUUGAGAGGCUGUUGUUGUUUUUUUAUACACUAUAUUCCUGCUGCGUCUGGAUUUGUUUUCUGGUUAUUUUUGCUUCAUAUUUACCUCUUGGUUGACAAAUAAAAAAAAAGAUUGAAAUGAAAAGUCUGCACUUGAAAGAGAAAUCAUGUAUCCUCAUCUGUGAAGGUCUGUCCUGAAAUGCAGAACUGUAAUGAAAUAAGGAAAAUAUUCGGUGACAGAAUAUUACUCUGACUUCUAUGUCCAACAGUCAACAUCCCAAAUCAAACAAAAUGAUUCUUCUUAUCACACGUCUUUGUUUAGGUGAAUGCUUUGAGCUGUUCAGCAGACCUGGACAGCUUUGUGCUUCUUGAUAAGGAGAAGUUCAAACUGCGGACUCAGGGAGCGGCCACUUCCGGGGUGGUGAUAGACAAUGAGGUCAAGUGGAAAGUAGGGGAGGCCGAGUUCGAGUCCCUAAUGAGGAUGCUGGACAACCUGGUGAGUGAACCCUGACCUUUUGCUUUUACCCAUGAUGCUCUGAGUUUCCUGUCUCUGGCCCUUCCUCGGGAAGUGUCUGAUAAGAGAAUACAAUGAAAGUAGAUUUGAUUUUGUUCAUCUGAUCUAUGUCAUUGAAUCAUAUCUUUGUGCCUUGGCUGUCACUGUGAGAACAUUUUUCAGUAGGACAAUCAUGUAAAUGUUUGCAUGUGAUCAGUUUUUUUUUUUUUUAUUCCACCUGCGGGUAAUGUGCUGUCUGCUGGUCGAGUUUAAACCCUGAAUAUACUGAAGUUGUAUUGUGUAGCACACUACCUCUGCCAGCAGAAACCCCACCAUUCUAACCACACUGCUAAUGACCAGGCCCUGACAUGUUCUGUGGAAACACAAGAUGUCAGACUGUGUCUAUUUGAGUGCGCUUCAUGCUAACAAGUGUGGCUGGAGUGGGCUGCAGCUGCGUUAGCUGUGUGUGAUCAUAGCCCGCCCACCCUCUCAAUCAUAGCUUCCAGAUGGUGCGACAUGCUGUGGGCAGUUACAGCCGCACAGACCACACUGAGCGGAAGGAGUCUGCUGCACUCAAUUUGAAAAUUGGAUUUGGCCUUUUCUCAGACUUGGUGCUGAGUGCAAAUACCAGUACACUCACUGCAACAGGAGGCGUGUUAGUCCAUGACAGAGGGUGGAGUUUUCAGGUCGUGAGAUCAAAAUCUCAUCCAAAAAUCAUCCCAAAGUGAAAUCUUAGAGCAGAGGAGAGAUUAAGGUGCAAAAUGUUCGGAUAUCGGUCCGAUAUCAGAAAAAAAAAAAAAAGAAUAUCAGAUUAUAUCGGCCUGCAUCCAAAAUCUCCAUUAUCAGCACUCUGAUACAAGCAGUCCAUUUCAGACGCAGCUCUAGCACCUCUAGCAGCACCCUGAUCCAGCAUGCACAGGCCAUGUGAUCACAACAACAGUUUGUACUAAGGUACAAACAAAGUAGCAAGGAGUAGGAGUGAUAUCUGCCGUGUGGCAGUAUUUUUCAUUAAACUCCAAAAAAGACGUUGCAGCUGAGUGCAAAACUUGUCAUGCACAAGUUAGUGCCAAUAUCGGAUCAAUACUGGUAUCGGCCAGUACUGAAGGGUACAAAAAAAGUUUGUAAAAAGUAAAAAAGUUGUAUCGGGACACCCCUAACAACAGUAUUAAAAUAUUUCUCAUUCAAAAACAUUAAAUGGAUAAAGAGAUGAAAUGCCGGUGCUUAAAUGUAUUUAAAUGCUACAACUGGUGCAGGUCCAAACUAAAUGAUUAGAGAAGCUUGUGCAUGUUUAACUAGUCAUGUUUUCCUUAUCUAGUCUACCUGGAAAAUGGUUUAAGAUACUAAUUGAUUCCUCAAUUCCUGAAUAGUGUACAAGUUGAUCAGGCCUAUACUCAAAAAGUACAAAAUAUCGCAUAACACUCUUCAAUGUGAGAACUUUCUAAAGGGAAGAUCCCAGUGGAAAUAACAAGGACUUGCUCACACUGCAGGAAUCAAAGCCCAACAGAGAGAGUUUUUUCAGAGGAAAACUUGUCAUAUAGCCUGCAAGGAAAUGCCAGUUUUGAUUUUCCUUUUUUGCUGUCGUACUGUGGGCUUCAGACUGCACUCUGCUCAUGCUGCAAGUUCCCAUCAGUUUUCUGUGAUGUAUUGUUAACAACAGAGUCUUUUAAGUCAGUGUUUUAUGUCUUCCCUCUAAAACUGGGCACAUCUGCAAAAAGGCUGUUUGUAUAUACAGCAGUGGUUAAAUAUUUAGAAGCAUUGUGUCAGUGAAUCUUGGGUGGCCCUGCGAAUGUUGAAGCAUUUAUGCUUGAUGUUCCUUAUUUAGAGGACUUAAAGAGAAAACUGACCUCUUGCAAAAGAAAACUGUUUAGCGAGUUGGAAUAAUGUUUCUCCUCCUUGUGACCUUCCAGGGAUACAGAACAGGUCACUCAUACAGGAACCCCAUUGUCCGGGAAAAGCCCCGUUCAAAGAACGACGUGGAGAUCCCUGCAACAGUGUCUGCAGUGUCAAUAGAGGACUGUGAACUCGGCCUGCGCAGCCCCUUCAAGUUUAUGGCCCAGAAACAGCAGAGAGAAAGGACCCGAUGGCUCAAUUCACCCAACAGCUAUUUGAGAGUCAAUGUUCCUGAACAGUCACUGAGUGGGGAUGUCAGUCCCAGGACCAAGACCAUGGUACAACCAUUUUCAUAUCAAACUACUGCAACAAGACAUGCAACUUUUUCAUCCUGACUGUUAUGGUUUGUGUAGGUACCUGUAAUAUUUAGAGCUCAUGUUGCUCUUUAUAAGCCUGCCCUCUUGUGGUCGGUUUGAAAAAGGCAUUUUUUUUUUUUAAUCUACCAGUUUUUACUCAUGAAUUUGUUUUCUUUAAUUUUUUGUUUAGUGGAUGAAGUCCUCGGAGCCAGGCAACAGCACCGGCACACCUAUUAAGAUUGAAGAUCCCAACCAGUUUGUCCCUCUGAACACUAAUCCUUCAGAGGUUUUGAACAAGAGGAACCGGGUCAGUGAAAACAUCUUAACAAUAUCCUGUUUGUGCACAAAAAACUGACUCUUACCGCCUGUACAGAAAGGAGAUAAAAGCUGGUAUUGGAAAAUGAAGGACAAAACUCUGAAAUUAAAACUGAUUUUAAAAAAACAGAAUAACAUGUAAACUGUACUUUUCAACAUAUACAAUCUCUAUGACAUUUAAUCUUGCCUAAAGCUGAUGGAUUGAUCUCACUCAGUAUGUGUGAAAUUAUGUCUGAUCAGCAGCUUUAUCAUGCUUUGAAAAUAUCACGUGUAAAACGAGGAUUCAAGGUUCAGAGUUAAUAUGAUUUUGUUUGAUCCUUUGUCCAGAUAAAAGAACAGCACAGAGGCGAGCAGAUGACCCCAGGACCAAAAUCACAGUUACUAUCAGGAAUCGUUGUGGACACCAUACCAGGACCGGUGAGUGCUAGGACACCUUUAGUAAACAGCCAAUCACACCUUAUAAUUUUAAAUAUGUCACUAUUUAUACACAAUGCCUUUUUUAUCCCAAUGUUACAUUUUAAAAAACACUGCUACAGGUUUAAAAUUAGUGGAAUAAUCUCUUAGAGACAUCUCACAUAAAGGAUCAUUCACUUAUCUACCAUUAUUUCCUGUAGAAUGUGUGCAUUAAUGUACGUGUCUUUCUUUCAAUAAGGCUUUCAUCGACGAAGAUGAGGAGUAUACUCGCUCUCUUCCCCCCAACCCUUUCAACGAUCUGACAGAUAAGGAGCUGGAGGAGUACAAGAACACUGUAGAAAAGAAGCAACAAGGCCAAGAAGGUAGUCUAUCUUUAAUGCAUCGUGUUCUGGAGUAAUUUAUCUGAUCCCUAAAGCAUGGUACAGCCCAACACUGAACCAUCUUUUUUGAUAUGGGCAGAACCUGGAACUGGUACUUUUUCAAUGUUAUCUGAGCAAGAGUUGAAUACAAAAUCUUGCCUUAGUUUAAUCUGUCUUAGAUGUCAUUCUCUGUGGAAUGUCGAAUUAAUACUUUGCUGCCAGUAAGGUCAUGAUGAAAAUAAAGUUAAAGAUGCAAUGUUAAUCUCACGGUCAAGCAGCAAUUUUAGAAUAUCAAGGAAAGGGGAAAAGACAUCAUUAAAAAUAGAGUCUUCGACCCAGUGAUGCUCAUUUGUUAAGAAUUAUCAAUUCAAAUUAACUUGUUUGGUUUUUAAAUGAAGAAAAAAAGCAUCUCAGAUAUAACAGCAUGAAUUAGAACCACAGCAAUUUGCUGAUAAUUACUCGGGUAGAUGCUCAUGUUGUGGUUUUAUAUUUCCAAAAGUUUGCUGUACUAAUUCCCUUCAUUUAAAAACAUUGUCAUCAGGCGGUAAAUCAGAGCGCUGGGUUCUUGCCCAGAGGAAACACUGUUACUACUUUCAGUGAAAUAAGGAUUCGCUAAAACUAACGCCAGCAGCAUAAAAAUGUCAGUUCAUGGUUUCACUCUCCCUCUGUGUUGUGAUGUCAGUUCACAGGGAUGGUGAGAGAUGAGCCGCAAAGACAUCAGUGUUGUCAACCUACUCAUGUCUGUUAUGACUGUAGGCAAGGACAAAAAGUGCGUGUAGGAGGGAAACAUCUCUGCUGCUGCUGCGUAUGAGAGUAGCACCUUUGUUUGCCACUGUCACAACACUGUGUCCAUGACAAGCCUGCUCCAUUGGUGUUGGUUUUUUAAAUGCCAUGCUCGUUUCUUGGGCUCAGUAAGGGCAAAGGUGGUUGGUUGUUUGAUAGGUCCAACAAUUUUGAUCAGAACUGGAAUAUCAUUUUGACUAAUCAAUGGACUCUGUUUAAAGUUGACAGUGUGUAGUUGACCUCCUGACCUUUUCCUUGAGAGUAAAAUGCCUCGACAACUAUUAAAUUGAUUACCAUAAAUCUUGUUUACAGCAUUUUAUGUCUGCCUAAGGAUGAAGUGUGAAAACUUUGGUGAUUAUUUAGCCGAUUAUUAUAUACCUCGCAAAUAAGAAUGAGUAAUUACAAUCCCAUUUAGCUUAAAGGGACAUUCCGGCGUAAAAUUAUGUUAGGGUCAAACACACCAUAACACUGAGAUAGAAGAGAAUGGGUGAGUUGUGUUUAGUCUCUUUGCUAAAGAAAUCAGGCAAAGUUAAAAAAGAUGUUUGGUGGCUAGUACUGUGGCUAGGACCCUAUAUGUACUGUUGAUGAAGUUAGGUGCUGUUCUGAGCAUUAUUUGUGGCUAUAGAGUGGCGUUUUGGUUGAGGUGUGCACGUGGCUCCUGAAAGCGCUGUGUAUUGCUAUCCUGCGGUCGUUACUAAAGUUGGUAUAACUAGAGAAGCAAGCGAUUGGCAACAUUCAUCUCUCGACGGGGUGUCUAACUCUGUGUUAUGGUGUGUUUGACCCUAACUUAAUUGUACACCGGAAUAUCCCUUUAACCCUAUAAUGCCAGAAACCACAAAUUAUGGCGAGAAAAUUCAAAGUUUUUGGAGCUGAAAUGUUUAUUUUACUGAAUUAUUACUACUGAAAACCAAAAAAAUCAAAAUGUCCUUAAAAUUUGACUAAUAUGUUAAUUUAUCUCGUUUGAUACGUUAGAUGCUUUUCGAAACUGAUAAACCAUAACAGGAUAUUUUUAUCAUUUAUCGGACUGUAUUAAGGUGUGUUUUUUAGUUAUUUGUUGAUCAUAUUGAUUGAUAAAGGUAUCAUAAAAGUAUGUAUCAAAUAUGAUACAAAAGGCAAUAAAGGGUUAAGAGUGUGAGAAUUAGCAUCAUUGUUUGAAGAUGUAAAGAUAUUGAUUCUAAUAUCAAGCUCAAUGCACCAUCGUGCUGUGAUGGAUGACCUCACAUAGCCGCUGGUACAACUGAGAACUCUUUACCCUAAGAUCCAUCAUCAGAGAGCUAAAAGAUGUAGGUUGAUGUUAGUGUAGUCUCAUGGCACCCUUGGGCUUAAAUGCAGCAAUAAACGCUGUGCAGAGACUACAGGGACAGGGAAAUGUCUGACAAUACCAGCAGGUGGCGGUAGUCAGUUCUUGUUUCUGAAAACCUAGGGCUAGGGAUAAAUAAACCACUUUGUCAUAACAUUUUAACCUAACACUUGCGUUGCUCCAAAUCAUAGCUUUUACUGUAUUAAUCCAGAGUAUGUGUAAAAGUUGCAAGUUGUGAUUGCGUCAUAGGCCCUCACUUUAGAGGAAGACGGGUAAAUGCUGUGGUAAAGAACAGCAUAGUAUUGAGUAUAUUUUUGCACAGUUUCUUCUGUUCUGUUCUGAUUCUCUUUGUGUGGACAGAGAAUUGCACAGGGACUUGUCUCACUGAUGAGCUCUGAUGCCAAUUCAAAACGCUCAAUCAGAUGAAGAGUGGUCAUCAAGGGCCGGCGUGUCCUGAUGAUGAAGGACAAAUCAUAGUGAAGGGUCGAGUCUAUUUGUCUGCGUGAACAAUGAAAUAACACAAACCCCCGGUGGUUGAAAUUGGUUCAUAUCAUGCAGGUCACUCAUAUGAACAUACAGGCUUUAUGAAACGACCUCUGUUGUCUUUCAUCCUUUCACAGAGGAUGACGAUGCCACAGAUGCAGAUGAGAUGACAACAUUUGAUGGCUCCACUAUUUCCCUUUCCCUCUCUCCCAUAAUGACGCCAGCUAAGCACGGUAAUUAGCACUGAAAUUAUUAAGUGUUAAAAUGAGCGGCUUGUUUGUUUCUGUGUUUGAUGUCCCUGUGGUGUAAUGUGUAAAAGACAGCGGAGAUCUCUAAUGAAACUAAUACUGAAAUGUAUUAUUACAUCUCUGCCUGUCUGACUGCAUGUCUUCACCACAUCCCCCCUUCACUGACUUGGUUUCAUCUGUUGACAGAUGUAAUUCCCAAUGGGAAAGACCAUUUGGAAGAGCUGGAGGAGGAUCUUAGUAUUGAGGUAUCCAAGCUGAGCGUGAGCACCUCGGAUACAGUGGAAACCUCAAUCACAUCAAAUGAGAAGACAGGGGAAGCUCAGACCCCAGAGAGCCAAACCAAGUCCCCAAAGAAAAAGAAGAAGAAGUUCCGCACACCUUCAUUCCUCAAGAAGAGCAAGAAGAAGAAGGAGGAGAAGGAAAAAACUGAAGCCUGAGGGCAUUUACUGUAAAAGCAAUUAGUGUUUGGCUAGGAAACCACCUGAAUUCCAUCUGAUUAUUUCAGCUUGUUGAAGGGGAGUGAGAAAGACUAUCAUUUUACCAGAAUGUCUCCCGGGACUGUCCUUUUUACACAUCUUUCCUCAUUCACAGUUAUUAUUAUAAGUGAAAAUCUUUCUAAGGUGGUGAAAAGGAUAUAUUUCCCCUAAGAAUUAAUGACCGACCACUCCUGACGGGCUCUUCGGGAUGCCAUUAAAAACAGUGACGGUGUGGUAAUUACCCAUAUUUUUAAUGGGAUUUAAAAUGGAUGUUAUAAAACUGAAAAGUUUUGAAGGUAACAACAAAAGCAGAUUAUACUUCCUUUUUUUUUUUGCACAAUUACCUUAUUGAAUGUAUACUGAAAGCUCACAGAAUGGUUUAACAAUUUUAAGAAAGAACAAUCUCAUAAGAAGUGUAUGAGUGGUUGAACAUUUAAUACUUUUAAGAAGUUUGGCCUUAGAAGAAGUACGAUUUGUAUCAGAACUUUCCAUAGUUAUAUCAUCUGGUAAUAAUACAUGUCAGUUAAUGUUCUACGUAUUGCAAUAUAGUGUUUGAUAAAUUACUAAAGGAUUUGGUAGACUAAAUAUACUAACUCAUAUACUAAACAUUCUGUGAUAGAUAGUAAUAAUUCAUGUUUUUACAUUUACGUCAGUGAUAUUGUUCCCAUGGUUGCUGCUUUAUUGUGAUUGUGAAAAGGAAUUGACCUUGACCAAGAAAGAGCUCAGUAAAGUGAUGCUGUUUUUUCAUAGUGAUGUAGAUGGGUGGUAAAGUUUGACUUUCAAAGAAAUGACAAAUGAGAACCACUUUUUUCUGGAUGUUGGCGAUGAAAGUGCCGAGCCGGGAUCUAUGAAAGUUGAGUUUUAUGGAUGUUUUGACUAUUUUAGCCCAAAUAAUAAGUUGAUGGCAAUACGCAGUGGAAAGCCUGCCUUACAGCUACAGUCAGAGUUUGUUAUAAAGUAUAUUAGAGGACCUUUAUUUGAACAUCCCAGUCAAUAAUGUGAAUGAUUUGUUUUGAUCCAAAGGGAGUGAACUCAGUGUAAAAAGUUUGUUUUUUUGUGAAGUACUUUUGUUACACUAAACCAAAUGUUAAACAAAGAACAUAAAAUGUGAGAUUACAAUCUAACAUCAAUAUUUUAACACUUCUUUUACUAUGAUUUUUUAAUUAAACUUAAUGCAUAGUGCAUUGUGUUUACAAAAUGCAUAUACUUAGUAGUCUGUGUGCUUAGUGCUUGUGUUUCCUCUGUUGUUUACAUAGCUAUUUGUGUAGCUGGGUUUUUUUUUCUGUUGUGCUUUACAUUACAGCCUCCUCCUCCUCUCAAAGUCGGUUCUUUUAAAAUUGCCUUUUCUCUGAUGUAAUAAAAGCUGGCAUAUGCUUCCAGAGCAGUUUUA